CCGCAGCCAUAAUCGAUUGCUUGAUAUCAUGGUUACCGAUAUUUUGUACGCUGAAUGAUGCAGCGAAUAUAGGCGUAUUACAGACGUUGAUAUCGUCUUACAUACAACAUGAGUCACCGAAAUGUCGAUUGGUUGCGCUGAAAUAUGUCGAGGCGUUAGUUAAAUCGCCGGCUGUUGAAUUUCGUUGGAUGUUGUGUCAGGCGUGUGGAGAUGCACGAGAUGAAAUGCGUCGUGAAGCGCGUCGGCUUUUGGAACUUUCCAUAUCUGAUCGAAAAUUUAUGCCUGAUUUCGAGGAUAUGGCCGAGUAUCUACAUAAGAAAUUGAAAUUGGAUAUGGAAACAACGACUGAAUUAGCGGAACGUGAUGCAUCUGAGAUGGCGAAAAAGAAAAAAGAAUUGUUCCAUGAUGAUGUUUAUAUU